UUUUUUUCAAUUUAGCGUAUUUUUAUUUGUUUAAAAAGAGAAGAGAAAAAACAAGAAGAUUGAGCUUAUUUAUUUACAUAUUUCUGUGUCAUUUCUUUGGAUUCCAUCUUAAAGAGGGUUUUUAAUUCAUCACUCUGCGUUUAUAAUAUCCUGUUCUGAAUAUAAUAGAACAAUUUUAACUCCAGAAGUUCCUAUGAACCCCAGUACGAAAAGCGCGAUCAAAGAAAUCGCUGUUUAUGCUUUGGCUUUCGGCUGUUCUUGGUAUGCAGCUCGUAAGCUUCUUUCUUCGUUAGAUCCUUACCGACAAAAACGACAAGACACUGUUUCAAAGAGUCGCAAGAAAUUGGAUAACUGGGCAGAAGAACAUGUCCGAGAAAUUGAGACAGUUGAAUUGGAUGAGUACGAACAAAUGGUGGCGUCUCAGCUAGUCUUGCCGAGUGAAAUUAAUGUAGCUUUUGACGACAUUGCUGGGAUGGACGAGCAUGUGAAUCAUCUUUUCCAAGACGUACUGUUUCCACUAAAAUAUCCAGAAGUUUUUAAUACACAUGGCGACCUUUUAUCGUCUCCCAAGGGUCUCCUAUUGUACGGACCACCAGGCUGUGGUAAAACCAUGUUGGCAAAGGCCUUGGCAAAACAAAGCAAUGCUACAUUCAUCAACGUGAGUGUAGGCCUUCUAACCGACAAAUGGUUUGGAGAGUCGAAUAAGCUUGUGGAUGCAUUAUUUUCACUUGCUAGAAAGUUAGAACCCUCUAUAAUCUUCAUCGACGAAAUUGAUUCCUUUUUACGGCAACGACAGCGUACCGACCAUGAAGCCAUGGCUCAAAUUAAGGCUGAGUUUAUGUCCAUGUGGGAUGGUCUUUUAACAGGUGAUACUAGAGUCCUGGUGCUAGGUGCUACGAACCGCCCUGGAGACAUUGAUGAAGCGAUUCGUCGUCGAAUGCCAAAGGUUUACUCCAUCCCAUUACCCACAGCUAGUCAGCGAAGAAAGAUCUUGGACUUAUAUCUCAAAAGUGUAAAGUUGGAUGAAAACUUUGACUGGAAUGCUGUUGUUGCUUCUACGGCAGGCCUGUCGGGCUCUUACAUCAAAGAAGCAUGCCGUUCCGCUUUGUCUGUUCCUCGACGGGAACUGUUUGCUACUUUUGGAAAUGACUUAGAUAGAAUCAAAACAGAAAUUGACAACGGGGGACUGCGGCCUUUAAAAACAGAAGAUUUCAUUGCUCAUAAUUCUCUAGAAGGGUUGUCAAUAGACGUUGAAUAAGCUCUAGACAAUAAUAUCGCUGCAUGUUUGAAUUUCAUAAUUACCAUGGAUUAGUAUCGACUACUACAUACAAUUAUAUACACAUCCAGCAGCAACAAAACGGCUACUGCAUACAAAUGUUUUUAAUGCUUACAAAAAACUUUCUAUAGCAUACAAAGGUACAACUUUUUUACAGACUUUUUAAAAAUACAAAUCAAAAACACU